AUGACAGACGUCAAGGAUAUCACACCGGAUCUGGACCGGCUAGACGAUCAGCUCGAUGAUCUCGAGGAAAUCCUUCAACCUUUGCUCGGUAAUCUUGAAGGCUUGGCCUCUGAAUUACCCCUGUUGGACAAGGCAAAGCUUUUCUCGCUGACAGCAUAUGCGAUUGAAUCUCUUUUGUUCUCGUCACUCAAAUUGGAGGGCUCUGAUACCCAAACACAAGCCGUAUACGCUGAACUCAAGCGAAUUCAGCAAUACUUUGGCAAGAUCAAGAACAUUGAGACUCCAGAGGUGGAAGAGUCGCGAAGUCUCACAGUUAACCAAGAGGCUGCAGCGCGUAUACUAAAGGCUGAUCUGGCCGACAACAAGACGAUUAGCAAUAAGCUUGCUGAAAAAAUUGCAGAGGAGCGGGCCAAGGCUCUUCUCAAGUCGGUUGAGAAUCGCAAGAGACCAGCUGAGGAGUCCCCUGUCCCAUCAAAGUCGGGGUCUGCUGAUGACGGAAAAGCCAAAGGCAAGAAGCAAAAGAAAGGCAAGAAGAGCAAGUCCAAAAACUAA